UACGGAUUGCGUCACCGCGUACGGAAGAGGAGCAAAACAAACGCCAACCGUUAGCAUCGCUGUGCUACUUGACUCUCUCUGUAUUAUCAAGUUAUUACGCGUCUUAUUACUGCCUUCGCUUUCUACAGCAUGUAUUAAAUAAAAGCAGCUAGCUGUGGAGAAGCUACAGCUGUGCCAUGUCUCUGUGCACACAACAGAAGUGUCAUUAACAUUGUGUUGAGGUUGUGAGCUAUGAGCACAGAGACGUGUGUGAAGGACAUCAAACCCGGACUGAAGAACUUAAACGUCAUCUUCAUCGUCCUGGAGACAGGAAGGGUCACCAAAACCAAAGAUGGCCAUGAGGUGCGCACCUGUAAGGUAGCUGAUAAGACGGGGAGCAUCAGUAUAUCAGUGUGGGAUGAUGUGGGAGCGCUCAUUCAGACCGGAGACAUCCUCCGACUGACCAAAGGCUAUGCGUCAGUUUUUAAAGGCUGUCUCACUCUAUACACAGGAAGAGGAGGAGAGCUGCAGAAGAUUGGAGAAUUCUGCAUGGUUUACUCUGAAGUUCCAAAUUUCAGCGAGCCGAAUCCGGAGUAUUUGGCCCUGAUGAACAAAACAGGGCUUAACGAGCAAGGAAACAACACAAACAACAACAACGGUUCCUCGAGCGUUGCAGGUCCCGAUGCCACUAACGGGAACGGAGUGAACUGUCAGAGCUCAGGGAGCACGCAGCCUAGCGGACGAGCCAGCACCACGAAUGCCAACAGAAGCUCCGCCUCCGGGACUGCAGUGAGUAACGGGAAAGAGACACGACGUUCCGCUAAAAGAUGAUCCGAGCAGGAUUCGUUAUCUGUCUCAGUCCAGAAUGAAUCAAUUCAUGAGUCAAUUCUUAUGAAUAACUUUACAGCAUGUGUCUGUGAUGUUAGUGUCCUCAACAGCGUGCGAUAUUUAUCUGUGAUAUUUAUCUUUUUUGCAAAUAAAAAAAGAUGCAUUUUUUUGGGUCCUACACGAGACAACCGACUCGACCUGGCAACCACGACGAGCAAUUAGAGUCUGAUCUCUCUGACCAUAAAUCUCUGUAUUAAGGCAUUAAAAUGAUUUUAAAACACUUUUACAUUUAUUAGAACAUCCCAUGAUUCAUUGUUGGGGUUUUUGUGAAGAAAAAAAACCCAUGAAGCUUAAUUUAAUCACUUAGAAAACAACCAAAUGGAUAUAAUGCUUUAUUAAUUAAUUAGUUAUUAAUUAUUUCAUUAUUAAUUAUGUAGUUAUCACUAACAUUAUAUCAGAAUUAGAGAUUUUUUUUAAUGCUUUUCUUCAUCAUUACAGUACAGGAUAUUUUUUAUUUGUAAUUUAUUUGUUUUUCUGCCUUCAUCACUGUAGCAGUUUGUUAUUGAGUCUAUAAUCAGCCUCUUUAUUAGCACUUAAAGUUUUGUAGAACUCUAAGAGAACUGAGUGAAAAGAACUUUAUUCCAGCACCGUUCAUGCCUUCUUCAUAUCACACACCACACUGAGAUGUUUUUUUUGUUGUUUUUCUUUUGUAAUCAUACUAUUAGAAAGGAAAAAAAGAUGAUUUGUCAGGCUUUUUUUUUACAUUUAAUGACAGUUUGCCUUUAAUCAGUUCUGUAACUUGAAAAUGUAAUACAAGUGUUUUUUUUUUUGUUUUUUUAAUUAUUAUUAUAAUUUACACUUCACUGCUUCUUUCUCACACACAGGGUUGCCAGAUUGGAUCAACUCAAUCUGACACAGAACCCGAAACAGAAAUAUCUGUAACGUUCGACGUUCUUACGUAUGAUAAAUUAUCAACAUAAUCCUGAACUCAAAAGCAGCUCUGGCAGCACUGAUCAUAAGAAAGAGGAAUUUUUUUUUGUUUUCUGUCUUUUCCGUUCGCGUUAAAAAUGUCAAAGCGGCGUCCUGAGAACUGCGUGAAAGGUUUGUGCUGAAUAAAAUAAUAAGCAAAUAUAUUUUUUAA